ACUGGUGUUCUUAACCUUAGGGUGGGCUUUCUCAUCGGCACACAGCAACAGAUACUGAGGCAUUUGAAAGGAAAGCGCACUGUUAUAAUUUGCCUCGGCCGGGAAUCGAAUCCAGUUUCACCAUCGAAAGCAAGCAAGCUAAACAAAGAGACACCCGAGAGGGUCAACCAUUACUAAGCCACCAAAAUGUAUUGUUCUUCGUGGAAGGCCGAUAGGAUUCAGAUAGGAGUCUAUUCACUAUAUUGUUAAAGUAUAUAUUGUUUAAAUUGGUAACGUGGCGUAAAAAUUGUGUAUUCGUAAUGGAAAUAAUGCGUUGGAUCUGAUGCAAUCAAUUUAAUAGUGAUUGUUUUGAAUAAUAGUCAAAUAUUUUAGUUUUCUGAGAUACGGCUUUUUUCUUGCUUGAAAGAGCAGAAUAUAGGCUAUGAAAUAAAUUAAAUAUUAGUGAAAUACAAGAAAUAAAUGUCCCUAAAAGUGAAAUUAUCAGAGACCUUCUGUUCAGUGAAGGUCAACUGAUGUAUGACGCAUAUCAAUCUGGUAUUCUACUAGCAGGACAUUCCUCUUCGAUUCACGCUUACUUAUUUAAGACCAUCCAAAAUCAGUUUUAACAUACAACCAGAUCAUGUCUCUUUUAUGAAAAUGUAUUUACUUCAUUACUGAAUUUAUUAUCAUUACGUUGUCCGAUUAAUUAAUUGACUGGACAAUAAAGUAGUGAAAUUUAAUAAAGACUAUCUGCAUUCAGCCAAUUAGUCACGUUUUGCUGGAUUGGUUGUUGCAAUAUCAAUGUCGCGUGAGAUCACCCUCUCAGUUUAAGUACUGCUGAAUUGGACAAUGGUGGAUCAGAGUAAUAGAUUGAAUGAUGUGAUCACGUGACGCGUACCCGGUCAAAUCUCUUUCCUUGCGUUCUCGAGCUCACUCAGCCAGCCAGCUUAGGGCGAUUUCAGUGCCGCUAAAGAGACAUUGAGAAUUCAAGUUAACGAAGUUUUACGAGCGACCUGUCUUGAAGAUGUCUCGAACUGACGUAUCUUCUACAGCUUUGAAGAUAUCUCGAAAGAUUUCAGUAUUUCUGUGGGCAUCUGCUAGUCUCGUAAUUCUGCAGCAAACGUCGGCCUGCCCUACGAGAUGCGAAUGUCAGUAUCCUGAAGUUUUCUGUUCUCGCACACGCCUCACCACAUUCCCCGCCGGUUUGGACAACGUGACGACGUUUUUGGACGUUGGCCAUAACAACAUCACGACUAUUGAAGAGGACACGUUUUUGAACUUAGGUCUUGUGAAUCUUAUUGUUAUCGUAGCAGACAAUAACACGAUCUCUAGCGUUUCCCCAAACGCUUUUCGAGGAUUAGAAGCUUUGAAGUUUUUACACUUGGCCGGAAAUCGUUUGACAUCGUUGCCAAAAGAUUUAUUUUCUAAUAAUCCUGUAAUUCAUCACUUAGAUCUGACAGGUAACGCUCUCAUUUUACCUUCAGAUGGCCCUUUUCUGUCAGUGCCAUCUCUCGAAUAUCUUGAUUUAGACCACUGUUACCUAAGAAUAUUAUCCGAAUUUGCAUUCACAGAUUUGCCAAAAUUGCGCUAUGUAAAUCUCAACAAUAAUUCUUUGAGGCAUUUGAAUGGAAAUAGCCUAAAAAAGCUUACAUAUUUGCGUUACUUCAAGAUUUCAGGAAAUCCUUUCGAUUGCGAAUGUUCUUUGAAACCACUGUGGACAUGGUUAAGUCAGCAUCAUAUAAAGACAGAAGCAUCGUGUGAAAGUCCCCCGAAAUUUGCUGGAAAAGCCCUCUCAGUUCUAAAAAAUAUGACUUGUCCGCAUUCUCAUUUACCCUUCCUGGCAUUCUUCAUAAAUAGUUAACGAGCCAUGUCAACUAGCGGGAGCGACAAGGAAGAAGAUAAAGAAGAAGAAAAGAAGUUCUUCGCGGAGCUCGCCAAGACAGGGCGCGCAACUUGCAAGAAAUGCAAACAGAAGAUAGAAAGUGGGAGUCUGCGGUUGGCCAAGGCGGGCUACAACCCCUUUGGCGCUGGCCUUAUGAAGAUGUGGCAUCAUGUAGAUUGCCUUUUCGAGGUAUUCAAGCGCCAGAGAGCCACUACCGCCCGCAUCAACACGCCGGAUGACAUUGGUGGCUGGAGCGACCUGGAGGAAGACGAGCGCGCUGAGAUCUUGAAGCACCUCCCUGAAGUAAAUCCAGAUGAUUUUAAGACGGCCAAAAAAGAGAAGCCAGCAGAAACCCCCAAGAAACCGAAGGGCAAGAAAGGCAAGGGCGGCGACGAAAAGGGGGACGAGAAGGAAAAAGAGAAGGAGAAGAAGCCCAAGAAGGGCGCGGGCGCGGCGUCUGCGUCGAAUUUGGCCGCGCUGCUGCCCAAGAGCGUGCCUGGCCACAAGGACAACACCUUCAGGGAGUUCCGCCGGUUGUGCGUGCAGGUGGCGAACGAGAGCUCGUACACGGGGAAGACUGCCCAAGUGAAGCAGCUCUUCGAAAAGGGGACCUCUGGUGAUGGUUUCAAAGGCGACUUACGUUUAUGGAUAAAAUUGUUACUACCUCAAGCUGUUAAACGAGUAUACAACCUUCAGAGCAAGCAGUUAGUCAAACUCUUCAGUCGGAUCCUUCGUCAAAAUCAGGAUGAUAUGUUAGAAGAUUUGGAACAAGGAGACGUGGCAGAAACAGUAAGCAAAUUUUUUCAAGAAAGUAAGCAUUGUCGUCCUUCCAAAAAUAGUCAUCUCACUAUUCAAGAGAUUGAUAAAUUCCUAGAAGAACUGUCGCAACUUACCAGAGAGGAUGAUCAGGCACAUUUGUUCACUCAAAUAUGUGAAAAGUGUACAUCAAAUGAUUUAUGUUACAUUAUACGCCUUGUAAAGCAUGAUCUCCGCAUCAAUGCAGGUCCCAAACACAUCUUGGAAGCUAUUCAUCCAGAAGCAUACUUGGCAUUUCAAACAUCAAGAGAUCUGGAUACUGUUUUAGAAGAAGUAUUUUCAACAAAAAGCAAAGAAGAGAAAGGCAGUCCUAAAUCUCUCAAUAUCAGCGUAAAACUGAUGACACCCGUUUUGCCAAUGUUGGCUGAAGCAUGUAAGAGCAUUGAACAAGCUUUAAAAAAAUGUCCUAAUGGGAUGUUUUCAGAGAUAAAAUACGAUGGGGAGAGAGUACAAGUACAUAAAAGUGGAAGUGAGUUCAAGUAUUUUUCACGCAGCCUCAAGCCAGUCAUGCCACAUAAGGUCAAAGAAUUUAAGGACUACAUUCCUGAAGCAUUCCCUGGAGGAGAAGAUCUAAUUUUGGACAGUGAAAUAUUAAUGAUUGAUACAAAAACAGGGCAACCACUACCAUUUGGCACCCUUGGCAUUCAUAAGAAAGGAGAAUAUAAGGAUGCCUGCGUAUGCCUUUUUGUUUUUGAUUGCAUUUACUACAAUGGAAAAUCUCUCUUACAUUUACCAAUAAAGAAAAGAAGGAAAAUUCUCCUUGAAAAUAUGACAGAAAUUAAAAAUCGUGUUGUGUUUUCAGAGGCACAAGAAGUUAAUAGUGCCAAAGACUUGGAAAAUAUGAUGACAAAAGUUUUCCAAAUGGGCCUGGAAGGUCUAGUUUUGAAAGAUUUUGAGAGUCAAUAUGAACCUGGUAAGCGUCAUUGGUUAAAAGUUAAAAAAGACUAUCUUUUUGGUGGAGCUAUGGCUGAUACGGCAGAUCUUGUUGUUUUGGGAGCUUGGUUUGGGACGGGCCAAAAAGGUGGUAUGAUGUCUGUUUUUCUUAUGGGUUGCUGGGACCCUGCUCAUAAGGUUUGGUGCACUGUGACAAAAGUUCAUACAGGCCAUGAUGAUAAGACGUUGGAACAAUUGCAGGGUGAACUGGAGAUGGAAAAGAUUAGUAAGGAAGUCAAUAGAGUACCAUCAUGGUUGAAAUGUACAAAGACAAUGGUUCCAGAUUUUGUAGCCAAAAAUCCAAAGAAUAUGCCAGUAUGGGAAAUUACUGGUGCAGAAUUCACUCAACAUGAAGUUCACACUGCUGCUGGUAUAUCUAUUAGAUUUCCAAGAGUUACUCGAAUUCGAAGUGACAAAUCUUGGGACACAGCAACAUCAUUGCCUGAAUUAAAGGAAUUAUUCAAAAAAUCCAAAGAUAGUUCAGAUUUCUGUCUGCCUUCUCAUUUCUUGGCAGAUGAUGAUCGUUCAGAAUCUGAGUCACCAAAGAAGAAAGAAAGUCGCAAGAUAAAAAGAAAAGAUGAUAAUGAUGAGGAUGAUGACGAUGAUGAAACAUGCCAUGAUAAUCAGCAAAAUAUUUCACAAAAAAGGAAAACUGAAAGAGAAUGUUCUCCAAAACAUAAAUCUAGAAGAGAUGAUUCACCCAAACAGACCCAAAGUAGAGAUCACUCACCUAAAAGAAAGCACAGUAAAGAUGACUCGGUGAAAUCCUCUAGUAGAGAUCACUCGCCAAAGAGGAAAUUGAAGAAGGAUGAUUCUCAGAAACAAAAAUCUUCAAGAGAUUCAUCGACUUCUAGAGAGAGGGUAGAUUCUCCUAAACGGAAAAAAAAUAGUUCACCAAGUUCUGAGAUUGAUGCAAAUUCGGAAGAGAGUGAAAAUUCCAGAGUAGGAAAGGAAAAGCAAUUAAAACGUUCAGAAGAGUUAAGGAAUUCUAAGAAAAAAAAUGAAGCUUUGCUUCAGGAUGAAGAAAUUGAAGAUGAAGAAGAAGAAUCUGAAAGCUAUCACAAAGAACUACAGAAGAAACGAAAAAAGGCUGAUUCAUCUUCAGAUCAGCCAAUAAAGAAGGUAAAAUUGGACGAUUCGUCGGGUUUGCUACAAAUUAAUGCAAGAGAUGAAAUAAAGAAGGAUUCAAAAUUAAUAUUUCAACAAGAAGGGAGUUCUCAUUUAAGUAAUCAUGAGGCAUUUGUUAGAUCUCUAAUUUCUGAAAUUCAGCUUAUAACCAACCCUGUACUAUAUCAUAGAGUUAAAAAACAAUUAUUUGACACAGUUCAUAAAGCCCAAGAAGAGCAAAUGGAAUUAGAUUCAAGUCAUUGCUUAUGUAAAUGUGUUCGUUGUGAUUCCUUCAAAAAUGAAAAAGAAAUCCCCAGUACAGAUUCAGUACAGAGUUUGGAAAAGGCUGCAGUACAUGUAAAAAGCACUUCUGAAACAGAGGUUGAUAUUUGUACCAGUCCCACACAAAAGGAAUCAAUAUCUGCAAUACAGUCAGAAGAAAAUUUGAGAGAUGAUGAUUUAGAAAAUGGCAAGCAGACCAAAGAACUUUCAACGUCAUUGCUGGAAGAUAACAACCAAAAUUUGGUUUCUGCUUCCCCCUCAAGUACAUUAUUAAAUAGUCCUCCAAAUUCACCAAAAGUUAGUGAAGGCAAUUCUUUAAAUUCAGUGGAAAAUAAGAACAAAGAAACAACAAUAGACAGUGAUAGUGAAUGUAACCCAGUGACCUCUCUAGAAGAAAAUAACUCUGAACACAGUCCAGCAGAAUCCCAGCUAAAAAAUGACAACCACCCUAGUAAACCAACUGUUUCUGUGAACAGUGACAAAGAACCUAAUUCUAAGAAUUCACCCACACAAAAUGACAAUGAAUCUAGUCCAUUGAAUUCCCCAGUGAAAAGCAAUAUUCAUCAUAGUCCAUUAGAUUCCCCUUGGGAAAGCAACUAAAUAAAAUUUAUUGUCUUAUAUUCAACACUUGUGAUGAAUGUCAGCAUGCAUAAUGCACCUCUUGUAAUUAUCAUUUGGGUGAGUUGGUGUAGCUAAAAAAAAAUACUGAGUGGUGUGUGUUCUUCCUGCAUUGUGCCAAGAAAAUGUGGAUGGGCAAACAACUCCCCUACCUAUUCAACAAAUGACUCUAUUUCUAGAAAGUAUGAUAGGAAAGUAUGAAUCACUAAAGUUAUAUUAAUGAAACAUAUGUUUUGUUGUAUUGUAGCUAUAAAAUGUUAUAGUUAAGUCUUCUGUUGUUUUUUUGUAUGAAAAGAUUCUCAUAAUAAACAAAAUUAAAAAUUGGAUUAGUUUGGAGUGUCACUUUCUUUAUUGAAUUAUUUGCCAAACCUGACAAAGUUCUUGAAGG